UCCCCUUCUUCUUCCCCGUAGGGUUGCAGCAGAUAAACGCCACCACUCAACACGCACCUGUCUCUAUAAACUCUCAACAUACAAAGCUCAAAGUUCUUAUUUUUUCACUUCAUUUUCACUCUCCUUCAUUUCCUCUGUUUCUCCUUCUUUCUCUGCAACAAUGGGUGCGUCACUUCCACCCAAGGAGGCCAACCUCUUCAAGCUCAUCGUCAAAUCAUACGAAACAAAACAGUACAAGAAGGGCCUGAAAGCAGCUGAUCAAAUUUUGAAGAAGUUUCCCGAACAUGGAGAAACUCUAUCCAUGAAGGGGUUAACGUUGAAUUGUAUGGAUCGUAAGCCUGAAGCAUAUGAACUUGUUCGAUUAGGAUUGAAGAAUGACCUAAAAAGUCAUGUUUGCUGGCAUGUUUAUGGUCUCUUAUAUCGUUCAGAUAGAGAAUACAGAGAGGCAAUUAAAUGUUACCGGAAUGCCCUGAAAAUAGAUCCUGACAAUAUUGAAAUUUUACGUGAUCUGUCACUUCUACAGGCCCAAAUGAGAGACUUGAAAGGCUUUGUUGAAACGAGACAACAACUUCUGACCUUGAAACCAAACCAUCGCAUGAAUUGGAUUGGUUUUUCUGUAGCUCAUCACUUAAAUUCAAAUCCAUCAAAAGCAGUAGAAAUUUUGGAAGCAUACGAGGGUACGCUUGAAGAUGAUUAUCCACCAGAGAGUGAACGCUGUGAGCAUGGAGAGAUGCUCUUGUAUAAGAUUUCUUUGUUGGAUGAAUGUGGUUUUUUUGAAAGAGCUCUUGAUGAGUUGCACAAGAAAGAGCCAAAAAUUGUUGACAAAUUGUCUUAUAAGGAACAAGAGGUUUCUCUGUUAGUGAAGCUUGGACGUCUGGAAGAAGGCAAAAAUUUAUACAAGACACUACUUGCCAUUAAUCCUGACAAUUACAGAUACUAUGAAGGGCUGCAAGUUUGUAUUGGGCUAGUUUCAAAAAAUUCUGAGUAUUCUCCAGAAGAAAUUGAACGGUUAGAUGAAUUAUACAAAUCUCUGGGGCAGCAAAAUGGGUGGUCAUCUGCUGUUAAGAGAAUACCACUUGAUUUUCUGCAAGGUGACAAAUUUAGAGAUGCGGCUGAUACUUAUAUUCGGCCUCUCUUAACCAAGGGAGUUCCUUCUUUGUUCUCUGAUCUUUCCCCUUUGUAUGAUCAGCCUGGAAAGGCGGACAUACUAGAGCAAUUAAUUCUUUGGUUGGAGAAUUCAGUCAGGUCAAGCGGUCAAUACCCUGGCAGUACCGAAAAGGAACCUCCAUCAACACUCAUGUGGAUUUUGUUCUUACUGGCUCAGCAUUAUGACAGAAGGGGCCAAUAUGACAUUGCUCUCUCCAAGAUUGAUGAGGCUAUAAAGCACACUCCAACUGUCAUCGACUUGUACUCUGUAAAGAGCCGCAUAUUGAAGCAUGCUGGUGAUGCAGCUGCUUCUGCUGCAUUGGCAGAUGAAGCUAGGUGUAUGGAUCUUGCAGAUCGGUACAUAAAUAGUGAAUGUGUCAAGCGUAUGCUGCAGGCAGAUCAGGUGGCCUUGGCAGAAAAAACGGCAGUUUUGUUCACAAAAGACGGAGAUCAGCACAACAAUCUCCAUGAUAUGCAAUGCAUGUGGUAUGAACUUGCAUCUGGUGAAAGUUACUUCCGCCAAGGAGAUCUUGGACGGGCUCUGAAGAAUUAUUUGGCUGUCGAGAAGCAUUAUGCUGAUAUUACCGAAGAUCAGUUUGACUUUCAUUCUUAUUGCUUACGGAAGAUGACUCUGCGUGCAUAUGUUGAUAUGCUCAGGUUCCAAGAUCGAUUGCAUUCUGAGCCAUAUUUUAAAAAAGCAGCUAUAGGGGCCAUCAGAUGCUAUAUCAAGUUAUAUGACUCUCCUCCAAAAUCAAGUACUGGAGAGGAUGAUAGCAUGUCAAAUUUGCUUCCUUCUCAGAAAAAGAAGAUGAGGCAAAAGCAGAGGAAGGCUGAAGCACGAGCUAAGAAAGAGGCAUAUGUGAAAAAUGAAGAAACAAAUAAUUCCGGUGUCUCAAAGUCUGGGAAACGGAAUGUCAAACCUGUUGAUACAGACCCACAUGGAGAAAAAUUGGUGCAGGUUGAAGAUCCAUUACUGGAGGCUACAAAGUACUUGAAGUUACUUCAGAAGCAUUCUCCUGAUUCCUUGGACACACACGUACUUUCUUUUGAAGUGAAUAUGAGAAAGCAGAAAAUUUUACUUGCUUUUCAGGCUGUAAAGCAGCUUCUAAGGUUGGAUGCGGAACACCCAGAUUCUCAUCGUUGUUUGAUCAAGUUUUUCUGCAAGGUGGACUCAAUGCCCGCUCCAACAACUGAUGGUGAAAAACUUAUUUGGAGUGUCUUAGAUGCAGAGCGUCCUCUGAUCAGUCAAGUGCAUGAAAGAUCAUUGAUGGAGGCAAAUGAAGUUUUUCUUGAGAAACAUAAAGAUUCCUUGAUGCAUAGAGCUGCAGUUGCAGAAAUGCUAAAUUUAUUAGAACCUCAGAGAAAAUCUGAGGCUAUCAAAUUGAUUGAAGAGUCGACAAACAACAUGGUGCCAAGAAAUGGAGCACUUGGGCCAAUUAGGGAGUGGAAGCUCAAGGAGUGCAUUACCAUUCACAAGCUCCUCGAAACAGGCCUUGUCGACCAUGCUGCUGCAUCAAGAUGGAAAACCCGAUGUUCGGAGUUCUUCCCUUACUCGGCCUACUUUGAAGGCAGUCUCAGCUCUGCUGUACCAAACUCGGUGAACAACCAAACAUUGAAAGAUGCAGAAAUGAUCGGUGCCAAUCGAAAUGCCAACUCUGUUUCAGAUAAUGGGAAGCUUGAUGGAUUCAAGGAUCUUACUAUUUGACCGUGAUGCCUAAUGCCAACCAUAAUAUUGUUGCAUUUGCAGGUUCAUUUUUGAGAUGAUAUAUGUCCUUACAUGAUUCAAAAACAUCAUUCAGAAAGCUGCCUACAGUCCGUUAAUUACUUGCAAAGAAUCAACGACCACUGUCACGUGCUAGGUUCAUAGCUAGCUGUGGCAAUUCGGUUUGUAGUUUGUUGAAGAUCAUAUUUUGCUCUCUUUUUUUCUUCACCCCUUUUAUUUAUUUUCUUUUCUUUACCCAUUUCUACUUUGCCUUGCCCAAUUCUCUGAUAUGUAUUCCUUCUGGAAAUGUGUAUAACUUCCAGUUCCCAUUGCAUUUGAAGGGUCGACAUUUUCAGUUGCUCACAAUUUUUGUAGAUUCUAGACAAGGAUGAUGAUGUAUGUGGGUUUUGCUCCAAUCCAAUAUCUGAGGUUAUACUUAGGUGAAGAGAGCUAAGAUUCUUUCCCAUUCUCCAUGUCCUCCAUGGUUAUACGAUCAUCCUGCGACGUAGAGAUACUGAACUUAACAUAGUACUUUGUCGGUCGAUUUGACUAUUGCUUUGUUAUGUAUAAACACCUUGUAUGGAAAUUUUUGCUAUGAAAUUACUGAUCAACUUUUAUGUA